AUGAGCCACACAAACCCCCCAGAUCUAGACUCCAGAAAGCGUCUCCUGGCACAGAUCGUGACUAUCGAUGACCUGACAGAACAGAGAAUCUUCACGCUGCGCGCUCUUACUUACAGCAACAUUCAUCUUCCGUGGUUAGAUGUUGAUCCCCAGUCUUUUGUCGAAUGGAGCUCGAAAGUGCGACCCGAGCUGGAGACCAUCGUUGAAUACGAUGCCAGUAGCAACUGCGUGAUGAUAAAGGGCAGGCCAUACAUGCUCAACAAUGCGAUAACCAUGUCCUUUAAUCACCUCUUCUACAAAAUUACCCUGCAGCAGGGUCCGCAGAAUUUCGAUUUCCAUCCGACUAUGCCGAUGAAGCGAUUCAGAUUUGUCGGUCAGUACGAAAAUACCCAGUUAGUUCCAGACACGUAUUUGAAAGCGAAAGACGACCCUUUCCCCAGACACGUCAUUCUUGUUGGGCCAUUCAACUCCAUCAAGAACAUCGUCACUGCAGCUCGACACUGGAUAUUAAGCACCGCGGGCGUGACCAAGACAGUGACUAUAUUUGUCCUCCAGCUCGACCGUCCACCGCUUCCAAUGCCGGUGCUCAUAAACUCGCCCGCAUUUCAAAAGAACUAUGGCUUGUUAGACGACGAGGUCCGAUCGGUCUACGGCAAUGUCGAAGCCUUGGCCACGUAUAUAAUCAACUGGUACUUUGAAAAUACCCCGCUCAAACUAGGAGGUGAGUAUUUUUGCAGAAUCAUUACCUUUGACCACGAAUACGUCUAUGGCAAACGCCCCGUCGCCACGCUCAAGUUUUCCGCCAGAGAGUCUGAAAUACCCGAUGUUUCCCUCCGCGACCAAUCCGGCCAACCCAUUUUUGAGUUGGAAGGCGAGACUUUGAAUCUGAAUGAGCUUAUCGUGGUGCUUCAGAAUCGCGUUGAAUCUGAGGCUAAUAGAAUCGCCAUUUAUCUGGCUCGCUGCAAAUUGGGCCAGCUAGGCGUCUUGCAGGAUCAGGGGCUGUGUAGUAAUGCCAUGACUCACUAUCCUGUCCUGCCAGAGUAUCAUGAGAGAUACUUCGACGAGGAGUUCGCGAGGACUUGUAAUGGUAGGAGGUGA